AUGUCUCCAACAGUACUUUCUAAGCGUCUCAAUGAUUCGGUCACCAAAGAUGCUUUAAGAGCAUAUCUCGCGGAAUUUAUCUCAACUUUCUUCUUCGUGUUGGCCGCAGUGGGAUCUUCCAUGGCUUCAAGGAGGUUGAUGCCAGAUGUGGCGGCGAAUCCGUCCAGUCUUAUGAUAGUUGGCCUUGCAAAUGCUUUUGCUCUGUCGUCGACUGUUUAUAUUGCCGCAAAUCUCUCCGGUGGACAUGUGAAUCCGGCUGUCACUUUUGCGAAGGCCGUUUGUGGGCACCUCAGCGCGGUAAUGGCUUUGUUUUACUGGUUUUCUCAAAUGAUGGCCUCUGUUAUGGCUUGCCUUUUCUUGAGAAUGGUAACGGCUGACCAGCAAAUUCCAACCUACCAAAUUGCAGAGGAAAUGACAGGAUUUGGGGCGUCUUUGUUGGAGGGUGUUCUGACUUUUGCCUUGGUUUACACUGUUUAUUCCGCUGGUGACCCAAGGCGUGGUCCUUUGGGAUUCACUGGGCCUCUGGCAAUUGGGAUGAUGGUGGGGGUGAUUGUCAUGGCAGCAGGACCCUUCUCCGGUGGCUCGAUGAACCCGGCAUGUGCCUUCGGGUCUGCCAUUGUCGCCGGGAAUUUCAAAAAUCAAGCAGCUUACUGGGUUGGCCCUUUGAUUGGAGGCGCGGUUGCAGGACUUGUGUAUGAUAAUUUGAUGUUUCCUGUUCAACCCACUGAUUCAAAUUCUAUGAGAGGGGGUUUAGAGGGUACUGGAGUGUAAUUUUUACCAAUUUUGAGGUCUAGUUUGAAAUUAUAAGAGUAAUUAAACAUUAUUCUUUAUUAGGAUUUUUGUAUUACUCAAAUGGCUGGCUAGCAAUUUUAUUUUGUAAUUGUAGUGAUGUAUUAUUUAUGAA